ACUGAGUGUGGAGAAUCGUGCAAGAUGACUUUACGAACAACGUAGAAAUCUCAAUGUCAGGACGUUCUAAAAGGCCAGCCUUUCCAUGGUUAUAUAAUGGACUCAGGUUGGUCUCGGUUCAGAGCUUUGUACGAUUAUAAACCUCAAGAUGACAACGAAAUCGAGAUUUCUGUUGGCGACAUCUUGAUAGUUGCUAAACCAAUCCCUGACCCGAAUGGGUGGUUACUCGCUCAAAAUGAWCAAWCUAACCRAAUGGGCGAUGUACCCGGUACUUACUUGGAAUACUUAGAUGAUAUUGAAGAACUUGAACCAGAACCUGAGCCUGAACUACCGCCUCCAAGGCCGCCCAAACCAAAACCAGGUGAAGACUUUGUUUGGGGUCAUAGUAAGGAGUAUUACAAGUGUCAAGAUUGUGAGCUCACAUUACAUUUAAACUGUGCUGUAAAUUUAAGCCAGUUUACUUGUAGCAAGAAAGAUGACACUACUGAAGAAGAAGCAUACGAGCAGCUAGUAGCAUCUUUUGAAGAAUGGACAGUGGAGAAUGUUCUGUCCUGGUUGGCCAUCACCAAUCACUACAUAUAUGCAAAUGUGUUCUUAGAUUAUGGAAUAAAUGGCUCAAAACUGCAGUUAUUAAAUGAAGAAAGCUUAGUACACAUGGGUAUUGAAGAAAAAUCCCAUCAGCUGUCUUUGUUGUAUGCUAUUAGAGAGCUGUUUGAUGGGGAUUCUCCCCAGAAACAAUCCAGCAGUUUUACUGGUUUUCACAGAGCACCAAAAGUAUUUGGCAAAGACCUUGGUGAUCAGUUCCAUCCAUCAAGYCAACCAGCACCAGUGGUGGUAAUGAAAUGUGUUCAAGCUAUUGAACAAAGAGGGCUAAGAGUAGAUGGAAUCUAUAGCAUUGUACCUAUGAGCCAUGGCAAGUCAUCCUUGCAUUCAGCGCUCAAUCAAAAUCCUGGUCAAGUAUUGAUGACUGAUCAAGAAUGGUGCGACCCACUUGUGAUAGCAGCAGUAUUAAAAAUGUACUUCCAGGAAUUACCAACUUGUCUUUUCACUGAAGAGAAAUAUGAUGAGUUUAUACACGUCUCACAAGGACCCAGUCGAAGAUUCCGAAAGUGAAGAUGCAAUUAUCGGAAGACUUGAAAAUAUGCACAAAGAACUUGAAACCAAGUCUAAUAAAUAUGAAGAACUGCAAAAAGAAUAUGAAUCUAUGACCGAGACGGCUAACGAGCUACAAAUGUUAAAAGACGCUCACUGCUCGGUCAUCGCAGUCAUCGAGGAACAAAUGGUGAUCCAUGAAUCCUUCCAGAAAGAUGCUCCUCCCCAGUCACGUGCCGUCCUAAGACAGAAUUACGACCUACUGAAACAUCGAUUAAACGACGCAAGAUGUGAACUUUCCGAGUCUGAACGCGAACUGUCAAACACUUCAGAAAAGAGCCGUCAAACAGACCAACUGAUAAACACUCUUCGCGCUCAAAUCAUUGAACUUACAACCCARAAACAGAAUUGCAUGGAUAUUCUGAUGAACGAUAAAGGCUACACACAAGACGAAGUCAAAGAAAUAGUCAAUGAAGGUAUUCGCCAGGGAUGUAUUUACCAAGUACCAGACAUCGACUUAAGCGAAGAGAACUGGUGGUUUGGUAGUAUCGAUAGAAAUCAAGCGGGAUUUUUACUGAAGGACUGUCCCGAUGGUACGUUCUUGAUAAGAGACAGUAUUCACCACCCAGGGACAUAUUCCGUCACUCUUUCGUUCGACUUCAUCCCUCGCCAUAUUCAUAUUAUUCAAGGUGCAAAUGGUUGCUAUGGUUUCAACGAGGACUAUGCGAUUUAUCGUACUAUAAAAGACCUGGUUCAACACUACCACAACAACACACUACAAAAACACAAUAGRCAUCUCGCCACUAAACUAGUCUAUCCUUUGAGAUUUUUCAAAAAGAAUGUAUAGUUGAUUGACAAGUCAGUGCGUGACACAAACAUUAGAGWAUGCCAAAACGUGACAUUAUUCGUGAUUAUCACAUUGCGUGACAUGGAAUUUGACACGUGAUCAUGACAAUCAAGAUUGCUUUAUGAACUUCGGAUUUGGUGAGAUUGAGCKCACAGGAUCCUGGCAGUGCGUGRCAUGAUCGUGACAUCAAGUGAUUGAGUGRCAURAAUGCURUAGUGUCAUUGCGUGACAAAUGUAACGUGAUAAGCAAUCUAAACCAUUCGAGAAAUGGCGAUACCAAAUUAGGUAACCGUUACGCCUGACCGAAGACCUCACACUUUUAGUAUCAAAAGUUGUCCAGAUAGUGCCAUAUGUUUAUCGAAAGGGAUCCCAAACGUUUCGUGAAAAUACGCGGGCAGUUUUCUGAAAAACGAGAUUUUUUUGUGAAAAUUACUUUCAUAAAGUACUGUCUGACUAAAGACUCCGUGUAGCUCAGUUCUACCUGGUGGAUAAAACAAUGGAUUCUAAUUACCAAGAGAGCAAAAAUCUUUUGUUUUGUCAUUCAGAUGAAGCUGGUUUGRCGUCACAUGCGAGAGGUUUCUAUAACUUAGUAWCGKUGAAUGACUAUUUUAGAUAUUAUGAUGGAAUUGGUCUCUAAUGCCAGUCCGUAUUAUCGUUUACUACAAUUUGAUUUGCCAUUAUUCAAAGUAGCUUAUUGUCGGAGUAGGUUUACCCAUAUGAUUUCAAUGUAGUUCGUAUUAUAAUUCUACUACACAACAUGCUCAUGAAUAUCAGGUUGACUGUUAGCUCGUUAUGCAUUGAGAGAAAGCGUUGCGUGACAUUGAGUCGAUAGUGUUGCGUUACAGUACUAUAAACUAUCUUUUUAAAUAACUAAAUGCAUUCAAGUAUUUUUUUGUAUUAUGCUCUUGCAAAGAGAAUAGCAUUGCAAUAAUUAUGAUAACUAAAGCUAUAAUUAAAUGCAUAGUCCAGUGUUUUUCCAA